CUGAUGAAUUACUUCUUGAAGAAUUAUUUGAUCAUGUUCAAGAUUAUUUAAUUAAAAACCGAACAACUUGGAUUCAGAAAAAAAAUUUUGAUCUCGUCCUUAAUACUGCCUUUAAACUUAUGAACUGCAGAAAAUUACAAGAUUUUUGUCUUAAAUUUAUUUGUAUAGAUCCACAACCAUUUAUUACUUCAGAAAACUUCCUCUCUUUGGAUAAAGAUAUUCUUUAUAAUUUACUUGAACGGGAAGACUUGCAAAUCGAUGAAAUUGUUCUAUGGGAAUGUUUAAUUAAAUGGGGUAUUAAACAAACUCCUGGAAAUAUUAAUAACGAUAUAGUCAAAUGGAAUAAUAAGAAUUAUGAGGCAUUAAAGAAAACUUUAGGUAAAUUUAUACCUCUUAUUCGAUUCGUGGAAAUUUCUCCUUCUCAAUAUUAUGAUAAGGUUAGACCUUAUAAAGCUAUUAUUCCUAAUCAUAUCUUUAAAGAAGUUGAAGAAUUUCAUUUUAAAGGUACUUUACAAAAAGCAAUCAUUUUACCUCCACGAGUUGGAAAAAUUAAAUUUGAAUCGACAAUUAUUAAAAAAAAACUUAUAUCUAUAAUCAUCAAUUGGAUCAAUAAAAGAGAUGCUAAGGCUAUUCCUGAUAAAAAUGAUUUAUCAUAUAAUUUUAACCUUAUUUAUCAAGGUAGUAAAGAUGAAAUCAAUAAUCAAUCAUUUAUAAAUAAUUGUAAUAUGAAGGAACCGAUAUUGGUUUUAAUUAAAUGUAAAAAUUCACGAAAAAUAUUUGGUGGUUAUACACCGGCUGGAUUUUAUCGUAUUUCUAAAAAACGUUUUAAUAGAAAUGAAAAUAAUCAAAUUAUUUCAUCAUCUGAUAGUUUUAUUUUUUCUUUUGAAAAUAAUAAUGAUACUCGAAAUAUGAGAUUAAGUCAUGUAAAAUCACAUAUUUAUAAUAUUUAUAAUAAUAAUUAUGGUGAUUUUGGAUUUAAUUUUGGGGAACGUAGUUUAUAUAUGCAAGAUAAUAAUUUAUAUGUUAAUUAUGAUUUUCGUUAUGGACGUAAAAUAAAAUUCGUUAAUACAUAUAUAAUCGAGGAAAUAGAAGCUUUUAAAGUAGUGGAGAACAGGAUCGAUAAUUAUGAUAUGACAAAAGAGAUGUUUUACGGAAUACAGAAUUAAAUUUCAAUAAAAUUUGAUAAAAAUAGGUAUCGUAAUUCAUAGUUGCUCAAAAGAGUUUUUAUUUUUAAGUAAUAGCUAUAAUUAGUAUAAUGCAAUUAAUGCAUGGUAAUGAGACGUUUAAUUAAUUAUAUAAAAUUGUUAUUGAAGUUAUAAAUAUACAUCUUGUAUAC